AUGGACCCCGACGCCGGAAUCCCCGCCGAACCCGCGCCCUCCGUCUUCAACUACGUACUCUCCUUCCUACUCGUCGGCGUCGCAUGGGGCUUCACAACCCCCUUUAUCCGCCGCGCAGCAGCAGACUUCAACGCCCGCCAAGAGAAACAAGCAAACGAAUCAGACUCCCCAGGUCUGAGAAGAGGCCGCUUGCAAGAUACGCCGCAAACCGGCUUCACGGACGCAGGCGAGGAACAGGAAUUGCUCUCUCGGGAAGAAGACGGUGUGCGGAGACGGAGUACGAGUCGCAGUGAACUAAACCGGAAACCGAAGACCGCAGAUGCAGACACGGGCCUGGAUAGCGGGAUUACUGGACCGAGUGGUUUGAGUCGCGAUACCGCGGACGAUCAGGAAGACGCAGAUGAGGACCAAGACGAUCUACCCACGCCGGCGUGGAGACGUGGUGCCCUGUGA